AGUUUAUUAAUCAACUGUUGUUGAUUGGGUAAUUUCAUAAACUGACACAAUUAUAAAUCAAUCAACCCCCAUGACCCCAUUUCAAACCACAUCGAUCAAUCAGAGACUAUGAAAUACACGUCAUAACCAUCUCUAACCAUAAUACCUGAUCAAAUUACUCCUAUACUAUACCAUGACAUUGUUGGGUGGUUUUUGUUGAUACUUUAUUAGUCACAUGACUGAUACUGGUACAACAAAAUUUAAUUUUUUUGGCCACACCCAAAUUGACCAGGGCAUGAUCUAUAUUUAGAAAGGGCAAUUCAUUAACUCAUCUUCAAUAAACUUAACAUCAUUAGAAGAUAUAUCCUUGCCAUCAGAACUCUUCCUUAAUCCCAUUCGAGAGUUUCAUACUCCUCACUGCUUUCAUACUUUAGGAUAAUCCUAUCACAAUCAUGGGUGUAUAUAUACCACCGCCUAAUGAAAGUGAUGAUUCGAAAGAUUCAAAAAAUAAGAACAAGAACAAUACCAAGAACAAUAACGAUAAUAACAACAUAACAAAACCUACAUCUUCUUCGUCAUCACCUCCUGGUUCAACCACCAUAGUCAUUCCUAAUCCAGCAGGAUUAAUUCCUCAUAAUCCAAGUAUAGGAUUAUUCUGGGGUCCAUUAACCCCAGCCGCAGAUAAUUUACCAGCCUUUUAUGGAGCAAUUGGUUUACAAUUCCUAUUAGGAUUAGGAUGUUUAAGAUAUACUCGACAAAUACUAUUCAGACCUUCCCAGCGAAUACUAUCUUCUCCAUCAUCAUCGAAUUCUCGAUUUGUAAGAGGAUCAAUCUUGAAAGCUUUGGCUCCUGCUUUAGGUGGAAUUAUAACUAUAUUUGGAAGUGGAUUAGAAUUGGCUCGAUUAACUUUACCUUAUGAUCCAUGGUAUGAAGAAGCCAAAUAUUAUAGAAGAUUGGCUACCAAAAAUGGUGAUGUUCCAAGUAGUUGGUUUGGAGCUUAUAAAUACUAUAAACCAAUGGAUUUAAAUACAUGGAUAGAUAGAACUGGAUCAUGGAUUAAAAAUAUCGAUGGACAAUUGGAUGAUGAUGAUAAAGAACUGAAUGAUAUUUUUCAUAAUGGAGGAGGUAUGAGUCCUGCCAAUGAAAGUCAAAGAAAAGCUCAACUGGCUUCAUCUCGAUUAAUUGCUAAAUUAAAUAAAGAUGAUCGAUAUUUGGAAAUUUAUCAAAAAUUAAUAAAUACCAAUAAUAAACGUUUCGUUUCAUUAUUAGAUCAUGAAUUAAAAUCAAUCAAUGAAUUGAAUAAAGCUGAAAGACUCGAUUUAAUCUUAGAAGGUAAAUCCCCUCUUGUUAAUCCUAAUUAUACUAAAGCUCAUAUUCAAUUAGGUAAAUUCUCCAUUGAAUCAGAUGAUGAUUUUGAUAGAGCUUGGAUAAAUUUUGAACCAUGGGAUGAAUUAAAAUUAGAAACCGAAUAUGAAAUAAGAUUGAUUCCUCAUUGGGAUAAAUAUAAUGGUAGUUCAACUGUUGUUGAAUCCCAAACUUUAAAUGAUAAUGACGAUAAUGUCGGUAAUGAUAAUCAAUCAAAUACCGAAGUUGAUAAUUCUAUAUUAACGUGAUAUUAAGAGAAAGAGAAACAAACAAUACAAACAACAACAAUAAUAAUAAUUUAGUUAUUUUAUUUAUUCUAAUUUUUAUGUACAUGUUUAUUUAUAUAUAUACGAAACGUUUCAUAUGUGCAGAAAAGUAUUCUUAUUUCAGAUCAAUUAAAUCAUCAGCCCAUUUCAAACUUCUAUCAUUAUUAGUAUUAUUAUCACUAUCAAUGGUUGGAUUAGUAUAUUGGGAUAAAUGGUCUUUCCAAAUGAUUUCAGCUGGAUCUUGAUCAGGUUCAACCCAUUCAAAUCCAUCACCUCCACUCAUCCAAUA